ACCACAAAAAAACUCAAAACUGCUAAAUCAUAGACUACUAAAAUGACAGAUAAAUAUUGAAUUUAUUUCCGCGUUAUUCGGCGUAAAUAUUUGAAUUUUUAUUCAUAUAUUUACCGAAUUUUCUGAAAAUUCACUGGUGGAGACUUUUGUCUGAUUUGUAAGGUAUGGGAUUGAACGAUUACGUAAAUAUAGUAUUGGAUAAUCCCAUUUCAAAAUACGUCCUUUACGAAAAUCCUGUAUCGAAAAGUGUAAAAUAUAUCAUGACUGAAAAAAGUUUUGUACCAUCCUCAAAACAAAUUACAGUGAUAACUGAGAAAACUCCCUUGUGGAAACUAGCAAGGGAAAAUGGCUCUUUCUUAAGAUUAGCAGGUGUUAUGGGAGCUUCUGCGGUUGCUUUAGGUGCUUAUGGAGCUCACAGGAAGUAUCCAGAAGGGAAAGCAGAACUAUUGAAACCAGUAUUCGAAACGGCUAAUAGAAUGCACUUUUUUCAUUCCUUAGCAUUAAUGGGUGUUCCUAUGUGUAGAAAUCCCGCAGUGGCUGGAUCAUUGUUUCUGAUGGGAACUAUUCUGUUUUCUGGCCCUUGCUACUAUUAUGCUUUCACUGGAGAUAAUAAAUUAGGGAAAUUGGCACCUGUUGGAGGGACUAUUUUGAUUAUAGCGUGGCUUUCUUUAGCUUUUUAAACUUAAGUGAAAAAAUUCACGAUAAUUGAAUUUUUGUGAUAUUUUUUGUAACUGAUCGCCAUACACUCCUAAAAAUAUUUUUAUUUCUUAAUUUUUAUGUAUAGACAUAAUAUGGAAUGUACUUCACGUGGUGUUUUACUGAAUAAAGUAUCAGUUAGUCGAAUAAUUAUUUGACACCUAAGA